UUAAAGGUUAUGCUAAGUUUGAAAUAUAAGAAUAGAAUAACAGGAAACUUCUUUAAUCCAUAGAAACCAAUAUAUUAAUUCAGCUCAAAGAAAUUCCCCGAGCCUUAAAAAGAAAGUUUUGUAGCCAUGGAAUUGUUAAAAGCGAAGGACAAUCUGAUUUAACAGAUUGCUAAAGAAUCUUCUACAUCGUUUUGAUCAAGAGAAGUUCAAUACUCUCUCUUUUCUUCUUUCAUUUUGAAACAACAAUUCAUCAGAGACGGGGUGCAUGCUACGGUCCAAGAAAUUGAGCUACGGUGUCGACCAUUCAAAAAUCGACUGGACGUUGGAGACGACCAAGCAAAUUGAUUAUCCUAUGGCAAAUACAUCCUCGAAGACGGGUAAUUUUGAGCCAAUGUUUUUGAAAGUUGGCAUUCCCUUAGCUUUAUCUGCAGCAGGUGGUAUAUGUGGUAUAAUGAUGGCAAAGGGUUCCUUUCCAUCUUCCUUAAAUCCCUUCAAACCCAGAUCAAAGAUCAUGAAAAAUGAAAACUUUCACUCAUCUUCAAUCUCUUUAGAGGAAGAAAAAACUUCACAGCUCAAUGUUGAAGAAGUGAUUCUAAGCUUAAAAGGCAGAGUUGAAGAUCUUGAAAGGAAAGAAUUGGACAUAGAGAGGCAAUUCGUUUGGUACCAAAAUUUAAAAGAAAGAGAAGCUCUAUUAGUGGAGCUUAGAAACACUUUGGUUUUGGAUAUGGCUCAUAUAAACUUCUUGGAAAGGGAAAUUUUGUUAAUGGAAGAAGAAAACAAGAGGUUUGAGAAUUUGGUAACGGAAUAUUUGGGAGUUUCAGAGCAACUUGAAGGUCAAAAAACAGAAAAUAAGUUACUUGAGAGAGAAGUAAAGAGACUUAAGAAGAGAUUGAAGGAACAAUCAAAGAUGAUUAGAGAGAAGAAUUUGAAGAUUGAAGAUAGUAAAUCACAACUUUGGAGAAAUAAUGAAGAAAUGGAAACAAAGAAAAAGAUAAUUGAGAGAUUGGGAAAUGAAGUAAAUGAGCUGAAAAUGCAAAUGGGUCGUCAAUUGGAAGAGGAGAAGAACCAAGAUUUAUCCACACCAAAGAUUGAAACAGAAAAACUAGUAACAAUGGAUGAUUUAAACAAGCUUUCAAAUGAAUUCAAUCAAUUGAAGGAUGAAUUUGAGGUGUUUAGAAAGCAAGAACAAGAACAAGAACAGCAAGGCCAGAAAGAAAAUCCCAAGAAAGAAGAAAGAAAUAACAAAGCGUUGGAUCAAAAUGAAUUAUCAUCUGAUGAAACUAAUUCCACAAGGCCAAAGCUUCUUCAAAGGAUAAGUUGUGUUAGGGGAAAUGAAAAGAUGAAAAGAAAAACAAGACCAGAAUAAGAUGAAUUCUACUUAUUUUAUUUUACUUUUUCCUGUUCUGCUGCUUAUUUAUAUUUGUGCAAAAAUGUGACACUAAUCCAUUUUAUGUGAAUUACUUUCAAAAUUAUGACA